GUUCGCAAAGGGCGGCUCAGACGUAAACAAAUGGUGCAGGAGGAACGUCUUGCUGCCAGAUUUACCUUGGGUUUUGGAGGAAAUUAGUGACGAUGGCGUUUUAAUUAUAUCGGGACUGUAUAUGGUUCGGAUACCCUAGAAGAUGGUCGGUGGCAGUACAGGUGAUAGAGAUGAGGGUGGAGGAGGAAGAAUUCAUCGAGAAUAUCGUGGAGGAGGAGGAGGAGGAGGAAGAGGAAGUGGCCGCUACCGGCGAGGGCUGACACAUCACCGUCACUCCAUGCCGGGUGAGCGACGUGGUCUCUCAGAGGGGCAUUCAGAAGAUGAUCCUAAAGCAGAUACAGAGAAGACAGAGGUUGUAAAACAUCGGUCUCAUAAAGAUCUCAGUCGUGGCUUUAGUGAAGACUCAAGAAUUUCAAAGCAGUUAAGGAGACUUUCUCGAGAGGAUGAUGCAGAGCGGUAUCUUGCCCAAGUCCAGCAGCUUCAGGAAUCAAUAAUGCUGAAUGAAAAUGUGAAAUAUGUUCGCCGAAAUGCCGAGCAUCUUUUGGACUCGCUUUUCGAACUGCUUCAUGCAGCCCCAUCACCCCCUUGUCGCUGGGAAAUCACUCGCUGUGUUGGUCGUGUUGGCCAUGUCAUGGAAGGUGACAUUAAGAGAUUUGUGGAUGUAACACUAGAUCGACUUGAUACUUGGCGUGCAGCAGAAAUGAAGGUUCUGGUGUUAAGGUGUAUCUUGGAGAUGUUGAAAUUAGAUUCUGAUGGGUCUCAGCUGAGUCAGGUUGGAGAAAGAAUUGUAGAAGGAUUGCAGGUCGUGUUGGAGGGAACAGAAACUCCAGAAGUGAUGGUGGCUACUGUGGAUGUGCUAAGGGAACUGAAUGUCAACCAUAGUCAUAUCCUCAAUAACUAUUUCCAAGAUAUUGUUGACAUACUGGUAGGAUGGCACAUUGACCACCAUCAGUCACCAGAAGUUAUGAAGUAUGUGUCUAUGGCACUGAGGAGCUUCUCACAACUCUGGCUAGCAAAUGUCCCUAUUGCAGCAACUCUUCUCUCACAGUUUGUUGAGGAUAUGGAGGACUAUUGUGAGGACUUGGAAAGGGGAAUGUCUGGUCGCUCAACACCUGAAGAUGAAGUGGCAUCAGACCCAGUAAUCUGUGCCAAGAAAGUAGCUGCAUUUAUUAGGUAA